ACCUCAAAAGCGAUGACGUCUUUCACAAAGCACAUGGGAAAAGAUGGAUUUGGAAGUGGUUGUAGGGACUUAUGAAGAGAUUUUACUUGGAUUUAGAGUAGUUGUUGUAGGCAAGGAUUUCCAGUUAGAGCCAAGUUUUACAGACCAUUCUCACUCAGGCUGUGUCAAACAUGUAGCAGUGUCCAAAAAAGGAAUCCUUGCAUCCGGAGGAACAGAUGAAACCAUUCAGCUGUUUAAUCUUAAGAAGAGAUCACAACUAGGGUCUCUAGGGCACCACUCUGGAUCAUUGACCUGUCUACAGUUUUUCAAAAAUACCCAUUUGUUCAGUGCCAGUGAAGAUGGAACACUGUGUAUUUGGAAGACAUUUACUUGGGAAUGUCUAAAGACUUUAAGGGGGCACAAAGGUCCAGUUCUCUCUCUGUCAGUCCAUCCAAGUGGGAAGUUAGCAUUAACAGUUGGUCAAGAUAAGACACUGAGGACAUGGAAUCUCAUCACGGGAAAAUCAGCUUACAUUACAAACAUCAAGAGAGCUGCUGAUGUUGUAUGCUGGUCGCCGAGUGGUCAUUUUUAUGCUGUUGUUUUUGCUAAUAAAGUGGAUGUCUACAAACUUGAGACUGGCAGUGUAUGCUCUUCCUGGACAUCAGAACACAAAGUAAACAGCUUUGCCUUUGUCAAUGACAGUAUUGUGGUUUAUGGUGGAGAAGGAGGGGUGAUUUCUCUUUAUGACAUUAACAACAACACAGAACUGGCAUCAGUCAGUGCUGAGGUCAACAGGAUCAGGGGUAUCUCUGCUGUAAAAUCAGAUCCAGCUGAGGAGGAUAAGUACUACGUGUUUACAGCCUCCAGUGACGGAUUUAUCAAGAUGUUCUUUCUUACGCUGGAGGAAAAGAAGGUGAAUAUGAAGUUACUAGCAUCACACAAUGCAGGAUUCAGAUUAACUUGUAUAACAGUAACGGCACCCCUGACUUCAGAUGAGGAGAAGGUGUCGAAGGUGAAAGUAAAGACUGAGAAUGUCCUUGAGGACAACAGUGCACUGGAGGACAGAGUGUCAAAGGUGAAAGGAAAAACUGAGAAUGUCCUUGAGGACAACAGUGCACUAGGGAACAGAGUGUCAAAGGUGAAAGGAAAGACUGAGAAUGUCCUUGAGGACAACAGUGCACUAGAGGACAGAGUGUCAAAGCUGAAAGGAAAGACUGAGAGUGUCCUUGAGGACAACAGUGCACUAGAGGACAGAGUGUCAAGUGAGGAAGAAGUCAAAGACAGUAAACCAGAUGAAAAGAAAAAAUCACAAAAAAAGAAGAUAGAGAAAAAAUUGAAAAAGGAACUUACAAGGAAAAAUAUCAAACGACUAGGAAAACAGACACAGCAGAAAAGGAAAGGAAAGAAAAUCAAGAAAGAAAUUGAAGAUACAUAAAUUUAAUUGUACAUAGAUCAAUAAAUUUCUAAAAUGGAA